CAAGGACGUCGGCUGAAAAAAGCAACUGUGAUGUUAGGGAUUUUAUGGAUUCAAAGUUUUAGUUUUUGUGGAUUAUAAAAGGAACAACUGAAAAGCCACAAAGUGAAGGGAUGUUUUUCGUAAUGACAUGUUGCAUUUUAAACCAUCCAUUUCAGGCCAGCAAGCAGAGACGCUUCUGUCCAAAGCCAUUGUUUAGCAGGCUUAUUCGUUUUAGCGCGCAUGUUCAAUUGUUGUAUCAGAGUCCAAUGGACCUGCCCUAGUACUUAAAAAGUUAAGUAUUUCAUAAACUUGCCUCCGAUACUUUCUGUCUGGCCUCAACCUCCUUAAAUCAUAUUCUAUUAACUUAAUUUAACUUAAUAGUGCGUAUUAAUGCAAAUGAGGGCCGAAAACGUCUUGAAAAGAUAACAAAUUUUGUAAUGAAGGAAACGAAACAAGUUUAUGGAUGUGGCACUUAAACUGAACGUAUGGUUGUCUUCCAGUUCUUUUCAGAUCGUAUACGAAAAGUAUAACUUGGGGAUUUUAACCUCACGCUAUACUAAACAAGCAUUUGUUUUACGUUGGUUUUAUUUUUAAUUUAUAAUUUUUUAGCCAUUAAAUCGUCUUCUAAUGUUGUCCUAAGAUUUAACAGGGUUGAAAAUUUGUUAGAAACAUUGGAAGCAAUGGCAUUUUUUAAGCAAAGUCCAGAAAAGCGCUUAGCCUUUCUUCUAACAAGCUCAACCUUUAGAAAAAAUUCCUCAAAAAGUGGGAUGGGCUUUGGCGCGGUACUCAUUUUUUGCAAUGCCCUCCCUUGUGUUUUUGACUGCAUUAUCGCCUUGCUUCUAGGCUCUAACUUUUUCUUCAAAAAAGAAGAGAAAGGUUCAUCGUUGGCCGUUAUUUUAUUUUCAUUCAUGGAGCAUCCCAAUAAUAAGAUCUAGCGGGAAAAGUUAUUUUUGUAGAAAUUAAGUUGAAGGUAACAGUGACAUUUGGUUGAAUUUUCAAUUAAGAAAGCCAGUUGGAAAAAAUAUUCAGCUGUGACAAUGCCAGUCCAUAGCUUCUUCUCUACUUAACUCAAAUUCUCAAAUUGUACGCAGUUCAGGGCCCCGUACGAAGGGGGGGGGGGCUGUCGGGAUGCCAUGGCCCCACUACUUUUUGCAAAUUUCCCUUGGCCUCCCCUAAUUCCUAUGUCAGAGCCCAUGCAGUUUUUUAUUUUUAAUCCUAUAUUCGAAGCCUGUGUUCAAAUCACUUCGAACGCUCUUAUCGAUAAGAAAUUUUAUGAUAUUUUUCGGUAAUAAUUCGCUUUCUUUGUCUAGGCUCUUUCCUUCUCUAAUAAAUAGCACGUGAUCAGUUAUCAUUUCUCUCUGUUCUCCAUUUACGUUUGAAAUUUCGCGCCAUGUUCAGGUCAUGUAUCACUUUUUCCGCGUGAUUUCUGCGGUGUGAUGUUACUUCAACCAUAUUUCAGAAGACUCUGGGGACUUCUACGAGGAUUUCGUUCAAUUAUGUAGCGUUUUGCAUUUUUUCAGAACUGCCUCACGAAGUCAGUUUAUGUGCGUGUAAAAACAACAACUUUUAAGGGGUCAUUUUAAAAGAAAACUAAAAUACUAAUACACUUAUGCACAGGAAUUAUGCAAAAUAGGUGGAAAGAUUAAACAAUCUGGUCAACCAUGGCUUACAAUCGACUUUCCGUCUAUUUCGGGUAGCUUUUAUCCUUAUGCGAGGCCCAGAACACUUUGCGGUUCAACCUUGGCGAGAAUCACUUUAUUUGCAACUCCUUGUGGCUUCCUUCGGUAGCCACGGAAACUUUCAACAGCCGGGAAUAGAGUUUUUCGGAAGAGGUUAUCGAUUCUUCUCCUCAGUUAACCUUCCGCAGCGAAUCUUAAUGUACAACACUUGCACUCAGGCCGGAUAUCGUAUUUGCCGAGGCGCCAGUUUGUCUGAAAAAAAGUAUCAGCCAAAAGUACUGUUCCUGUUUUUUUUUCUAACAACGGUGCUGUUUCUUAGUGACUUGAACUAGAAGAAUUUUCAUGCAACCUGUGCAUGUUUAAUUGUCACCCCACAUAUAUUUUUCUUUUUCUCUGUUGUUGGUUGAACUCUCGUUAAAGCAAAACGAGGACUCUCUGGUACGUUAUAAGCGUAAUGUGGUUUUGAAAAUCGAGAGGAAUUCAUAAUAUCACGCAGCCCUCAUCAGUGAGAGAACGGAUGUAAUCUCUGUGGCUUUAUGAAGGGGCAUAACAGAGAUCCACUUGCUGUUUUUAAAUCUCAAACAAAAUCUAUUAUACAAUCUUCUGUUCGCUUUACAAGCCUGUUACAACAGAAUAGAAAGGCGAUCAAAUAUUUUCUUUCUUUUUGCAUCCGGUAGCAAAUAUACACACACAGGCCAACAAAAGAUACCAAUUUGAUGGACGUGAGUAUUUCUAAGCAUUACUGGUCGAGAGGAGUUUUGCAUGAAAAUGAAUUAAGCGUCAUUAAGCUCUAUAAAGUUUCCCUUCUAUUGUGCCAUUGUUCUGUGAACACAAGAUUGGAGGAAACGGCGCUCAGAGGCAAUUCAAUAAGUAUAAGCUGGUUUCCCCUCGAGGAUGCGAGUGACUGAGUAGUUAAAAACAAGAUGAAAUGACUUUACGUCAAGGUUAUCCGGUAUUCUCAUGCGGACCGGACAGGGAAUGAGGCUAUUCAAUAUAAGGGCAGAGCGCCGAACAAUGAGGCCGUGAUAAUUAUAAUAAUAAUUGACCUUUGCUGCCUGUAUAUAUUGUCUUUAAGCCCCCGAGAGUACAGUUUAUAAACUAAGCAAUUUGAAAGAUAGAAACCUCACAUACUCAGAAAGAAUCCGUUGCAAAAUAAUUAUUUCAUUUGACAAGAAAGUAUAAUCAUUUAACCGGAAGAGCCACACGCAAAUUCCACUGUUUCCGUUUGUGUGAACAGACCGGAUUUCUGAGUCUCGGGCUAUUGGUCAAAUCGUGGAAAACGUCCGGGCGAUCAGCACUGAUUUAGUAUGAGCAAGAGAGCAGAAUUUACCAGCCGCCGAGUUGAGAAUGAAUAACAGGAUAGGUGAAGCUCGGUUGUGGAGAAGGAAACAUAGAGACAGUUAGAGUCUUAUGAAGCGAAAAGCAAGGUUAUUUUGUCUCGGUCAUUGGGUACGGAGUUUUGGCAGCAGAUUGACAAGCUAAGGACUUAUUGACGCGUUUGACUUGGUAGUUCAGAGUGUCUUGAUUGCUGGAGUUCUAUCUGCAUGUUUUGUUUAUGUUGCUUUUCAGUCCACGGAGAGAAUUUAUUGCAGCCGUUAUAUUUGUCCACAGCGACCCCUAAGGAGUCAUUAACCGUAGAAUUUUACUAAAGCUCGCUGAAUUGUUUGAGGUCAGAAGCAACUGAACCGAAGCGCUACUCAUUUGGCCUAGCUUUGAUGUUUUCAACGGGAAGGUGACCGGCAAUGGGAGAGAAUGCCCUCUGCUAUCAGCGCAGUGUAGAGUACCCUGGCUUGGUGAAGCCUUAUCGGAGAGAAAGUGGUUCGAUAGAUCAAUCUGUGAUCGAGUCUUCGACAAGAUCAUCGGACGGAUUUGGACUGACGAACAAAUAUACUCGAAUGAAUGAACUUCGCACGAAACAGAAGCAAAAUUAUGAUCCUUUCAGUAGGUAUGAUGACGAUUUGGGAGAGGAACACUACUUUCUUGUACCAAAGGUCCAGGGCAACUCGUUACAAGUUUCUGAAUGGAGAAGGACAGUUAAAUCGAGCAGAUCGCUCAAAAACAUUGCCAAACUGGCAUCGGAUAUUAAACAAGUUGAAACUUCGGUUGAGAAAAACAGAAAUCAAACUUAUCCACCGCUUUAUAAAAGGCCACAAACACAGCUAAGCGAUUUGGAUAAAAAGCGUUUUGAAGGGGAGUACUGUUACAUUAGUGCUGACCAGAGUUCAAAGGAUAAACAUUCGUUUUGCAGAUCAACGGUAGGAAUAUCGUUUAAUCGAAAGAACGAUAGCGAACAGUUACGCGAAUUUGCUUCGAAAUUCGCAACUCUUGGGGAUGAAAUCCCCAAACCACAAAGCAGCUCUCAUUCAUUGGGAGAAAGAAAAUUCGACACAUGGGUGGAAUUAGAUGGUAUAAGCGAGUCUACGACAAAAACGCGUGUUAUUAGAACUCAGCCAGAAAAAAUUAUCGAUUAUUGUACUUGUAUGAUUUGCGUUAAAGGAAUAUUUUAUCACUGUACAGACGACGAUGAUGAAACUGUUGAUAAUGUGUGUUCGUGUACCGGCACAAAGGGAAGUGUUCUGAAAAGAUGGACGUGUUUAUCGAUAUUGGCAUGUUUAAUGCCAUGUAUAUUUUGUUAUCUACCCGCGAAAGGAUGCUUGAAUUUAUGCCGAAAAUGCAAAAAUAACAACGAUAAAGGAAUGAGGGAUAGUAACUUAAAUGUGAGAUACAGAAAGACGGAACAGAGACGGCCAAGAGAGACGACAACUCUCUUAUAGCAACAACCUCUAACCUAACUGUAAUCGUUUUUAUUGAAUAUUUUAAAUGGAAAUGCAAGAGUCUGUUAAGAUGAAUCUCAUUGCGAACCACUUCGAUAAUAAUCUGCAGUGAUUUUUCAGGCAUACGGCUGCGGCCAUGCCCGCUGGGGGUGACUUCGUUAUUGCCACCAGCGAGUUUACAAAUAAAACCACACCAAUAAGAUUAUCGGAAUUUUUCUUGUUUAUUAUCAAACUAAGGAUUGUAGUUUUUAGAAAAUGUACAUGACAGAUUUUUAUUUAAUCUGUUAAACAAAGAUACGUUCUCUAGCAGACUCUUGCACGCAAAAGCAUUCCCCAAGACGCAUCUAUUAUAAGCAACAGUGAUUUGUUCUAAGUUAACCCUCAUUUAUCAUAAUUUUAAAUACUCAGACAGCUAGGUGAAUUAUUCAAGGAACCAUUUUGUCAUCUGAGAUUUAUAACUUGCAAUCAUUAUGCAAGAAAAACGAGAAUUGGAAGACCGCAGCGCCUGAUCUCCUGUUUCUGUAAGACGAGAACUUCAGCUUUGAAAAUACACCUGGAUGUGCCUUUAGUGCUCAUUUCCCAUUUAUUUAUUAGCAUUAUUGUGAUGAAAUCAUAUCAAAAACGAAAUGCCCUUUUCAAAAUAAAUGCAAGAGACUAGCAACUAAGUUGUGGGGUUUCCCCGGAAUGAAAUGCCGUUAAUGUGUUUUCGCUGCUCGUAAAAAAAAUGUGGAAACCUAUGUUUCUCUUUUUAGUAUACUUCAUUCAAAGGGAUUCACGGCUAAAAACGACAGUAUAAUCAAAAGUUUUUAUUCCAAACUCCAGGGCUGUAUCACGUGAUUCUUAUUUCUCAUUUACCACAGCUCUCCGCUGUGCUUCAUAUGAAUGGUACCGACUUUUGAAACAAUGAUUUCUCCGAAUGGGAUAUCCACAACUUAGAGGCAACGUUUUAGUUUUGUCCAUUUGUUUUUGUAACCUUUGAUCAUUUUUUCUAUCAUCCAUAAUGGCCGCCCCUCUUGUCUAAUGCUCCAUGAUAUUUUUCAGUAACAAACAUUCCUCUACACCCAAGUUUAUAUGUUCGUUGCAGUUAAACAUUUUUGUAUAUGUUUGUAAAUAUCCAUUCCAGAACCAUUUGUAAGCACACAAAAUUAUUACGUAUUGUAAAGAAAUUUGUAAUUCUGCAAAGUACAAUGUUGAAAAGAAGAUUUUGUUGACAGUUCUACUGAUAAACCAUAUUUAUAUAUAGACUGAAUGAUAGAUAUAUUCAUACAUAAAGUUAUGUUGGUUUCUUCUGCAUACUCACUUCAGUUCAUAUCCUCUGAACCAUUUAAAACCACCCUGUGCAAUUUUUGAAUAAGAAAUUCAUUGAAAUUCACCAUAUGUGUGCCAAUAUGAGGUAUGCAGAUAUAUUUAUGAGCAAGUAGUUUUAAUGCUAGAAGUAACAGAGACAUGGCUCAAAUUUGAAACCAAUGCUUGUGCAAUCAUUUUUGCCAUAUAAGUAGGAAACAGUUCUAAAGUAGGUGGGGGGGGGGCAAAUGUAGGUAAAUCAAGGUCACCUUCAUGAGCUGUAAAUAGAUGUCUUGUUUCUGGAAAGGGGAAACAUGCCCCAGCCCCCCCCCAUGUCCCUGAUAUCUAAGUAUAAAUUUCGUGAACUGUUAAUAAACACAUCUCUGAAUCUAGUUUCUGCCUUUUUUGAAUCAAUGGGUUGAAGUGCUAUUGAGCAAUUGUAUGUCUCAACUAUAAAUAAGACUGAACUGCUCUGAACCAACAGCAAGAUCUGUCCCCAGUUUAUUUAUGGUCUGUUUAACAAUACUUUUGUCAAAGCAACUUAUCCUCUUUGAUGUCAAAGAGAUUCAGUUAAGGAAGCUUUUGGAUGUUUUUCAGUGGUUUCCAUGCAAAAAUUCUACACAUCUUAAACCAAUUAACCCUUAGACUUUUCCAAAACUUUUAAGCUUACCCAAGGUCAUUAUCCUUAUAAGAAGACGAAUACUGGUUAGGGACAUAAUGUGACAUUGCAGCUUAUCAGGAAUAGCCAAAAUCUAAGAUAUCUGGAAUUUUUGGGGUGGCCUUUUUACCCAAUGUGAAAUGGGCUGUUCUAUGGCUCCUAGAUUUUUUACAAUGACAGGAAACUGCAUUUGGUCCCGUGAUUUAUCAGAGUUUAAAAGUACAAUGCCAUAGUCUAAUUGGAUGCCAAGGGUUGGGGUGAGAAGCCCUGGCACAGGUUAGAGGUCUCUAUUUGUGUGGCCCUACAAUUCAUUGAAAGAUAUACAGGAACAAAGCAAUACGACGACGAGAAUCCAAUGUCACGAAAUAAAAUUCUCAAAAUAAAUUGAAUUUAAAGAAUAUACUAAUAUUUCGCCCCGCCAUACAGGGUUCAUCAGAGUAAAUAAAACGAACGAGUGAAUGGAUUUGAAAAAUCUAUACAAUUCAUUGUUGCACUGAUUCUGGUUUUUCUCUCUGUGUUAAUUUUAUCAUUUUUCGAAAGAAUUAGAGUUAACAGGGUAUGGCAGUUUUAUAGAAAGUGGCUAAGUAUUGUUUAUAAAAUUAAUAUAGAAAAUUAGAAAUUGAUAUAGCCAAGCCUUCAGGCGUUUCCAAUACCAUGGGGGAACAGAAGAUUUUUAAGUGCUAGGAACAUUUUUUUGAUUAAAAUCAAUCAUAUGUGUAGCAUGGUGGCCGUUUAAAUUGAAAAUACCUAAAAUGGUCAUUUCUUGUUGCUUUUGUUGAACAAAUUUUAUUCUCAGUGUGCCCAAAUAAAAAAUUGCAAUUUAACUGUUGGAAUGAAAACUAUGCCUCCGAGCUCCCUGUGCUCAUCAUCACUUCGUUUGAUCUCAUUCUGCCUUCAAAGUUUUUCGUUUUGAUUCUUGUUUUAUAUCGAAAAGAUUUUGCGUUUUUCGAAUUUUCGCCUGAGUAUAGAUGGUCUUGGUUUUGAUUUUAACAGUUUACGAACAUCCUAGUCCUCAUUGCAUUCGUCUUUAGGCCUUCUUUUGUAUUCCUGUUAUACCAUAUCCUAUUUUUGAAUUGCUUUGGUCUUGACAUUCACUUUGUAAUGGGUAAUUCGAGGAUUUCUGUUAGAAACGGCGAAACAGGAGAGGGCCUAACUUUUUUUGUAAUCGAUUCGAUCGGAACGCAUUGGUCUCCUUGAGGCAUUAUUUGAUCUUCUACAGUUAUAAGAACGAGGAAGCAUUCAAAGGCCCUCUACCUUCGACGACUACAAAAAGUAAUCUUGAGUUUUUCUUCUUCCUUAUUGAUGGUUCGAUUUGAAACAAACUAACUUUUUAUUUUUGCUCCACUCUUUUCUGUUCUGAGCUUGUGUUGUACGAUUUUUCAGAUCUUGGAGGGAUUUGAUCUGUACACAAGAAUUUUUCUUGGCACCAUCUAUAAGAUCUGGAGUUGUCAGCCAAAUUUUACUUUUGAUUCAAUGUCUCUGAUGUAAACAAUAUUCUCGUUAAGGAAAUUGAGUUUUGGCAGUAAUUUGAUUUGUUUUGAUCCCCCCUUGCUAAUUUUAAGUCACGCCACGCCACCCGAUUUCAAAUGUAUGAAAUCUAUAUUAGCAAGUUCCCUUUGAGAAUCCCAACCCCUCGAUGGGUUGGCGUUAUAUUGCACAUUCGAUUUUUUCACUGGUUUUGCUCACGUGUCUUGCACUCAAAACGUCGAUUAAAAUAUAUUAUGAUUUGGUUCUGUUCUGCGAUUUGUUUUCUAAUUUGAAAGACCUCGAUUGCGAAAGAAAAUUGGAUAAUUGGGGAACAAUACGUUAGUGCGAUUUUGAAGACGGCCUACCGAAAGUUUGCAAACAAUGCUGCCAGUGUGUGCUGCUCAUUCAUAGCAGAGAAAACGUCAACGAAUGUAGAACCCCUGGAAUCCUCAAAACAGUUGCCAUUGGAAUCCAUACAAUUUUAUUACAAUACAACCAAAUGGGAAGGCGAAUACUACAAGUGCUGUCAUUCAAAUUGUAUUUAUAAAUGAAGCCGACGAUCCCUUUGUGUGCCUUCAGAAUUUUGCAACAGCUGAUGAUGUGAAGGAAAAUUCCUGAGGAGGAAAAGAGAAUGAAUGAGGCUCUUUAACUGCGUCAUAUAGCGAGACGCCAUUGCUGUCGGCACAAUUUGUCAGUUCAAUGCGAAAAUUAAUUCCUUCUUGCUCUCUUUUGGUUAUCAUAAGUUUUUGAGUAGUUAGGUGUCGCAGCUGUGUGGUAAACUUUUAGUGCUAUCAAACCCAGUUAUUUGC